AUGGAGAGAUUACAAAGAUUGCUCGGUGGCGGAAAUGGAUUGGGUGGAUCUGGCGGACCAUCACUGACAGAUUCACCGGCGAUCGAUGAUGCUGAAACCGUAUACAUAUCUUCUUUGGCACUCUUGAAGAUGCUUAAGCAUGGCCGUGCUGGUGUACCUAUGGAGGUCAUGGGGUUAAUGCUAGGAGAAUUUGUAGAUGAUUUCACAAUCCAUGUUAUUGAUGUUUUUGCUAUGCCACAAUCUGGUACAGGUGUGUCUGUCGAGGCUGUUGAUGAUGUAUUCCAAACGAAGAUGAUGGACAUGUUGAGACAAACUGGACGUGACCAAAUGGUUGUGGGUUGGUACCACUCACACCCUGGAUUUGGUUGUUGGCUUUCCUCUGUUGAUGUGAACACUCAGCAGAGUUUUGAGCAGUUGAACAAAAGAGCGGUUGCAGUGGUCAUUGACCCCAUUCAAUCGGUCAAGGGAAAAGUGGUGAUCGACGCAUUCAGAACUAUUGAUGCUAGCACAUUAAUGAGAGGCCAGGAGCCCAGACAGUCGACCUCUAAUGUUGGCCACUUGAACAAGCCUUCAAUUCAAGCACUCAUUCACGGGCUCAACAGGCAUUACUACUCGUUGAAUAUUGACUACCACAAGACCCUGUACGAAACAAAUAUGCUAUUGAAUCUUCACAAGAAAUCGUGGCAAAGUGGAUUAAAGAUGGUUGAAUAUGAUCAUGCUGAACAUGAAAACUUGGAAAACAUUCAGAGUUUAGUGAGAAUUGCGAAGCUUUACAAUGAUAGAGUUGCCGAGGAGAAAGAGUUGCUGGAGGAGCAGUUGAAGACCAGAUAUGUUGGAAAGCAAGAUCCUAAGAAGCAUCUUGCUGAAACUUCAGAUAAAAUCAUAGAAGAUAAUAUCACUUCAUUACUCACUAGCAAUGUCAACUCACUUGCUAUACAAUAA